CGGCACCUCGCUGCGAUAGGGGCAGUUCGGAGUUGCGGCUGCUCCGUCUGCUUUCUCCGCCCCUCCCCCCUCCUUUCUUCCCCUCCCUUCCUCGCCCCCCUCCGUCCCCCUCUCUAUCUGAAUUCCCUGACUGGAGUACGCGUGCGCCUGCUCAGCUCCCGGGCAAGCGCGAGCUUGGGCUCGUACCCCGCUCCCUUAACCCCGCCCUCUCUUUACCUACCGGCGGUAGCUGGCCGGGUGGGCUCGCGCUGAGACGCUCGCGCGCGCACGCGCACACAACGCGGAGCGGAGCGCGAGACAUCUAGGAGGGGAGUAAGAAGCAUCUGAGGAGGCGACAGAGGAGGCGGUGUGUGUGUAUCUGCGUGUUCUAUGGUGUGGCUACUCGAGGGUCGAGCGGAGGCUUGAAAGAGGGCGAGGGAGAAGCGAAAAGAGUCUCCCUCAGCGAGAGCCUCUAAUCUGGUUGCUAUGGAAACAUAUGACCAUAUAAAAGGAAGUCCAUCCUGAUAAUUCUGAUACCUGAGAUGCAACUGAACUGAAGAGUGGGACAGGAAAAAGUUUAGUGCCAACCUUAAUUACAAUGGCUACUGAUUCAGGGGAGCCAGCUAGCACAGAAGAUUCUGAGAAACCUGAUGGAGUUUCAUUAGAAAACAGAGUUCCUCAGGUUGCAGCAACUUUGACAGUGGAAGCUAGACUAAAGGAGAAAAGCAAUACCUUCUCUGCUUCUGGAGAAACUAUAGAAAAGAAAAGAUUCUUUCGAAAGAGUGUUGAGAUGACAGAAGAUGACAAAGUUGCUGAAUCUUCCUCCAAAGAUGAGAGAAUAAAGACUGCAACAAAUAUUCCAAGAGUAGAAAAGCUUCCUACAAAUGUGCUAAGAGGAGGACAAGAAGUUAAAUAUGAGCAAUGUUCAAAGGGAACAUCAGAAUCCUCAAAAGAUUAUUUCAAGGAGAAAAAUGAAAAGGAGAUGGAAGAAGAAGCAGAAAUGAAGGCUGUAGCUACUUCUCCUAGUGGCAGGUUCCUGAAAUUUGACAUAGAACUGGGAAGAGGAGCAUUUAAAACAGUAUAUAAAGGACUCGACACUGAAACAUGGGUUGAGGUUGCUUGGUGUGAGCUGCAGGACCGGAAAUUAACCAAAGCCGAGCAGCAAAGGUUCAAGGAAGAAGCAGAGAUGUUAAAGGGUCUCCAACAUCCCAAUAUAGUUCGAUUUUAUGAUUCCUGGGAGUCUAUAUUAAAAGGAAAGAAAUGUAUUGUAUUAGUGACGGAACUUAUGACAUCAGGAACCUUAAAGACGUACUUAAAACGAUUUAAAGUAAUGAAACCAAAGGUCUUAAGGAGCUGGUGCAGGCAGAUUUUAAAGGGGUUGCAGUUCUUGCACACCAGGACUCCUCCUAUUAUUCACCGGGAUCUGAAGUGUGACAAUAUUUUCAUCACGGGACCCACUGGAUCUGUGAAGAUUGGUGAUCUAGGACUAGCCACCUUAAUGCGAACAUCGUUUGCUAAAAGUGUCAUUGGUACUCCUGAGUUUAUGGCCCCAGAGAUGUAUGAAGAGCACUAUGAUGAAUCUGUGGAUGUCUAUGCUUUUGGAAUGUGUAUGCUGGAAAUGGCUACUUCGGAGUACCCUUAUUCUGAAUGCCAGAAUGCAGCUCAAAUAUACCGUAAAGUAACUAGUGGUAUAAAACCAGCCAGUUUUGAUAAAGUCACUGAUCCUGAAGUGAAAGAAAUCAUCGAAGGAUGUAUUCGUCAAAACAAAUCUGAAAGGUUGUCUAUAAGGGACCUACUAAACCAUGCAUUUUUUGCGGAGGAUACUGGACUAAGAGUGGAGUUGGCAGAGGAAGAUGAUUGCUCAAAUUCAUCCCUGGCUUUAAGACUCUGGGUUGAAGACCCUAAAAAAUUGAAAGGCAAACAUAAAGAUAAUGAAGCUAUUGAAUUCAGUUUCAAUUUAGAAACAGAUACACCUGAGGAAGUAGCAUAUGAAAUGGUCAAGUCAGGAUUCUUCCAUGAAAGUGAUUCCAAAGCUGUUGCUAAGUCCAUUAGAGACCGAGUGACCCUGAUAAAGAAGACAAGGGAGAAGAAGCCAGCUGGCUGUUUGGAAGAACGCAGGGAUUCCCAGUGCAAAUCUGUAGGGAAUAUACUCCCUCAGCCCCAAAAUACAUCUUUGCCCCCUCCUCUUCUUCAGCACACUGGGGCAGAAUGUGAAGAAACUGAAGUUGAUCAACAUGUGCGACAACAGCUUCUACAAAGAAAACCACAAUAUCAUUGCUCCUCUGUUACAGGUGACAAUUUGUCUGAGGCAGGAGCAGGAUCAGCUAUACACUCAGAUACUUCAAAUCAGCCCAGUGUAGCCUACUCCUCAGACCAGAUGAUGGGCUCUCAAAUGGUUUCUAACAUGCCGCAGACUGAAAUAAAUAUUUUGGAGAAAAUUUAUCCAUCUCAGCAACUAGUGGGACAUUACCAGGAGAUUUCAGGGUUGCAGAAGCAGCCAAAGCUGACUCAGCCCCAAAUUUUGCCUUUGGUUCAAGGUCGGUCCACUAUUUUGCCUGUACACGUCUUUGGACCUCCAGUUGUCUCACAACCCCAGGUUUCACCUUUAACUGUCCCAAAGGCCUCACAGAUAAAGCCUGUAUCCCAAGCAGUUGGAGCUGAACAACAAGCAACUCUUCUAAAACCAGAUUUAGUUCGAAGUUUGAAUCAUGAUGUGGCACCUGUGAAGGAAAACACAAAUACCCUUGAUAACCCAAGUGGAAAUGGCAAACAAGAUCGGAUCAAACAGAGAAGAGCUUCCUGUCCUCGGUCAGAGAAGGGAACUAAAUUUCAGCUUACUGUUCUUCAGGUUUCAACCUCUGGAGACAACAUGGUGGAGUGUCAACUGGAGACACACAAUAACAAGAUGGUCACCUUCAAGUUUGAUGUUGAUGGUGAUGCACCAGAGGAUAUUGCAGACUAUAUGGUUGAAGAUAACUUUGUCCUGGAAAGUGAAAAAGAAAAAUUUGUGGAAGAAUUGAGGGCUAUCGUAGGUCAAGCCCAGGAGAUCCUUCAUGUUCACUCUGCUACAGAAAGAGCUGUUGGAGUUGACUCUGUUACUGUGGAACCCAGCAGUAGCCAAACAGGAUCAUCUGAACAAGUACAGAUAAAUUCUGCAUCCAGUCAAACCAGCAAUGAAUCUGCUCCUCCUCAGUCAUCCCCAGUUGGUCGAUGGCGAUUCUGUAUAAAUCAGACAAUAAGAAACCGUGAAGCUCAAUCUUCUCCUUCUCUUCAGCAGUACAUGCCUACAGUUCCUGGGUUAAACCUACUUUCUAGUCCAAGAAACAUAAGUAAUAAGGAAAUAUCACAGGACACACUGCUUACUCUAGAAAGUAAUCCGUGCCAGCGUGUACUUUUCACCUCCACAUCACAACACAAGGAUGUAGUUGAUGGUAAGAUUUCUGAAUAUGCCAGUGUAGAAACUAAGCAGCCAGCUAUACUUUAUCAAGUGGAAGAUGACAGGCAAAUAAUGGUACCAGUUGCUAGUAGUUCCAAUCAUACUGCUACUUCAGUUCGUGCAGUUCCACUUGAAUGUGAGGGACUCACCAAUGAAGCAGGCAUAUUUCUACCUGUGUAUCCAGGUCACCAAGCUGCCAGUCAGGCAGCUUCUGACGAGUCAACUCAGAUUGCUGCUAACUGUCUUACAACCCCGGCAUUUAUAUCUGAUCAAAAGCCUCAAUCCUUACUAGUGCAGCAGCGAACUACGGAUGCCGAAUUUAUUUCCCAAGAAGGAGAAACUGCAGUGAACAUGGAAGCAAGUUCUCCUAAGAUGGUCGUUCCCACUCAGAAUCCUGGCCUUGAACCAACCAGCCUUCUAUCCUCUACUGUUCUGGAAUCAGAUGGGGAAAGACCUCCAAAAAUGGAAUUUGCAGACAACCGAAUUAAAACUCUGGAUGAAAAAUUAAGAAAUUUGCUGUAUCAGGAGCAUAACAUACCUAGCAUCUACCCUGAGAGUCAGAAGGAUACCCAAAGCAUAGACUCUCCAUUUUCUUCCUCUGCUGAAGAUGUACUCUCAUGUCCAGUGCCAGAAGUCAUAGGCACCAGUCACUGUGGAAUUCAAGAUAGUCCUGCACAGUCCCCUAAUUUUCAGCAGACAGGCUCUAAGAUUCUGUCCAAUGUGGCUGUGAAUCAGCCUGCUAACAUAUCAGUGUUCAAAAGGGACCUGAAUGUGAUAACUUCUAUACCCAGCGAAUUAUGUUUACAUGAGAUGUCCCCAGAUGCUUCACUUCCGGGAGAUCCAGAGGCCUAUCCUGCUGCUGUGUCAAGCGGUGGAACCAUUCAUCUGCAGACAGGAGUGGAAACAGAAGAUACGAGAUCAGCAGUUGUUCCUGACCCCAUUCAUCUGACAGGAGAGUCCACAACUGAUACUAGGUCUUUGAGUAAAUGUAAAGCAAUGAGUGGAUCAUUUCAGCGGGGUCGGUUUCAGGUGAUUACAGUUCCCCAGCAGGAGUCAGUGGAAGUGACAUCUUUUGGAAUAGAACACAUACCAGCAUUCAAUGAAAUGACAAGUCAGUCUAGUGAAGAAGCUUUAGCCUUUACUGAAACAGCAAAGUCUCAAUUGGUAGAAAUGGAACCUGUCACACACAAUCCACAAACUUCACUUUCUUCUCAGAAGUUACAAGCUCUUCAUGAAACCUUCAAAGAAGAUCCAAGAAUUUCCAAACAAACUGACAACUUUUCAUCUUUUAGUAUAGCUUGUGAAACUGAUAUAUCUUCGAUGAGUACAGAAAAGGAAUUGGAAGAAAAUUCAGCCACAGGAAGUAGCAUGCAGUCUGGAUUUGAACUGCUUAAAGAGAGAGAGAUACAUACUGCUAGGAAACAGCCUAGCUCUAAUAGUGAAUUUUCAGCUGCUCUUCCUGACAGAGAGAAAUCAGUGGCGAAGACUGGUACAGAGAGAGAAAAGUGCUUACCACUCUGUGAAGAAAAAGCCUGUGUUCAAACACAGAGCUCACACUUUUAUUCACCAUCUUCCCCAAUGAGCAGUGAUGAUGAGUCAGAAAUAGAGGAUGAGGACUUAAAGGUGGAGCUUCAAAGAUUACGAGAAAAACAUAUUCAGGAGGUGGUAAAUCUUCAAACCCAGCAGAAUAAGGAGCUACAGGAGCUCUAUGAACGCCUUCGAGCAAUUAAAGAUAGCAAAGUCCAAUCAUCAGAAGCUCCUGUAUCACCUGCAUCACCACGUAGACCAAGAUCUUUAAAAAGCAAACUUCGAAGCCGUCCCCAGUCCUUGACACGUGUGGACAGUGGCACAGUUGCUACAGAUCCACUAUGUGUGGAAAGUAGUGCAGCAUCAUUCCAGCAAUCUUCAGUUAGUAAAAAAGGAAUGUUCACAGAUGACUUACACAAAUUGGUGGAUAACUGGACAAAGGAAACAGUAGGAAAUUCGCUUAUUAAGCCAAGUUUAAACCAACUUAAACAAAGUCAACAGAAACUAGAAACAGACAACUGGAACAAAGCAUAUGAAAAUACUCCAUCUACUAUGGGCUACACACCAACAUGGAUUUCUUCUCUGUCCCAAAUCCGUGGAGCUGUCCCAACCUCCUUGCCACAAGGACUGUCACUCCCUUCAUUUCCUGGGCCAUUAUCAUCAUAUGGAAUACCCCAUGUUUGUCAGUAUAAUGCUGUGGUGGGGCCAGGGUAUCCAGUACAGUGGGUAGGAAUUUCAGGAACACCACAACAGUCUCUAGUAAUUCCUAACCAACCUGGGGGACCGUUCCAACCAGGGAUGAAUUUACAGGCAUUUCCAGCUUCAUCAGUGCAGAAUCCGUCCACGAUCCCUCCUGGUCCCAAGUAAAUCAGAGUAGAUAAUGAAGAAAAGGGAGUUUUUUUCAUAAUUAUUUUCAGGAUACCUAAGGUAGUAAACUUUCUUCUUCUUGGGUUCUGCCAUAUUUUCCCUCAUUUUGAGUUUACCUUCCACUCUUAUUUUUUGUUCCAAUGUAGUAUUUGAUAUAGCUCAUCACCUGUAGAACUGUGCAGUUUAUACAUAGAACACUGCACAUAGAAAUGUUUUUUCACUUCAAAUCCUAUCCUCUUUGAUACUUGAUUUUUUU